UAAUUGAUGAAAAGAUUGUUGAUUUGGGUUUUAUUAUGUGAAUUCAUGAAUCCUAGAUGGUUUUUUUCGCGGGAAAUUGAAGAAAAGGUAAUUUAGGCGCUUGUCGUGUUUUAAGAUUCAAAAGAACAAUGGCUUAUGGUAAUAAGUAGGUUCUCUUGAUAUGAUCACUAAGACAUGGUGUUACAAAAGAGGUUGGAAUAUGGAUUUAACGGCUAUCAAAUGCCUCCAACACCGCGAGCUGCCAGAUCAGCCACGAGGAGGGUUCCGUCUUGGAAGAAAACCGAGGACCGUAACCUUAACAACAAUGAUAACAAGCAAAUGUGCGCAUUCGAUUUACUGGCCACUGUAGCUGGAAAGUUAUUACAGGAGGGUGGAGAUAAUGAAACUGGAACGGUUAAAACUGUUGAAAACGACCCUUCAAAUGUUACUAUUUGUGAUCAGGGAAGCUGCAAUAGGAGUUUCUUUGUGUCUGAGAUAAUCUCACAAGCUCCUGUCAUUCAGGAUUCUAAUUCUGGGCCUUCAUCAGGUAUUACCGUUUCUGAUUGCUCCGAGAAGUCAAAGGCUAUUUCUGUUGAGAAUUUUAAAGUGAAAGCCGCCCCAUUUAGUUGUAAAGUAGAGGAAAAGAAUUGUAAACAGAUAACAAGCGAGGCACCAAAGCCUAAGCCUCUGGUAGUCCGUAAUAUAGAUAAUAAUAAUGAUAAUAAUAAUGUGAAGUUUCCGUUUUGCAAAGAUGAUGUAAAUUUAACUGUUAAAGAUGAUGACGAAAAUGAAAACUCUUCCGGGGUCACUAGAGAUCCUAAUAAGACUCUGAAACCGCCAUCACGCAUUGGAGAUCGAAGAAUAAGGCGGCUUUUGGCAUCUAAAUGCUGGAAACCGGGUCCAAAGUUGCAUGAUGAUGUGAACUUUGAUGAUGAUGUUUACGGUAACAGGAAUCCUUGCCACAAACGCGAAAGAUCAUUGAAGGAUUAUCCGUUCAAAAAGAGACGACUCUAUGAACUUGAUCACUAUUCGAAAUCUGAUGUUGUAAAUAGUGAAGAUCGAUCCAGCCUACCUCAAAAGGGCUCGAUAGAAAAUGUUUCUACGUGUGUCAAAUUUGAAGGAGGUGCAAAGACAUCAGGAUUUGUAUCAAAGCAAAAUUCAUCCUUUCAAUCCCGGGAUUCUCAUGUGAAGCUCAAGAUCAAAUCUUUCCGUGUUCCUGAGCUUUUCUUUGAGUUACCUAAAACCACAACUAUUGGUUCUCUUAAGAGGACUGUUAUGGAGGCCUUGACUUCUAUGCUUAGUGGUGAGCUACACGUGGGUGUGAUGCUUCAGGGGAAAAGGGUUAGAGAUGACGAUAAAACUUUACUUCAAACUGGCAUACAUAACAAGCUAGAUGCCUUGGGUUUCACCUUGGAGCCUAACCAGUUGCAAAAUCUAUCAUCUUUAUGCCCUGAAGAUCAAUCCUGUCCACCAACUCCCGAUAUACCUAAGCCCUUAACAAGGUAUAACCUGCCUCCAAAUGUAGUUAACCGUUUGGUGGUUCAACCUGAUGUUUCUGGCGCUUUGCCCGACCCACCGAUGACAAAUUAUGGUGGUGGUUCGAUCGAAAGUGAUCAUGACUCAGCACCAUCACCGCCUAACUUGUCUCUGGACAACAGAAGUGGUUCAGAGUCGAGGGCUCUGGUCACGGUUCCGCAUAUGCACCCCAGGGCACUGGCUAUGGUUCCUAUGAAGAAAUCCAAGCGGUCUGAGGUUGCCCAACGUAGAAUUCGUCGACCUUUCUCGGUUUCUGAGGUGGAAGCAUUGGUUCAAGCUGUUGAGAAGCUUGGAACCGGAAGAUGGCGUGAUGUGAAGUUAAGAGCCUUUGAUAAUGCAAAGCAUCGCACCUACGUUGAUUUAAAGGACAAGUGGAAAACACUGGUGCACACAGCAAGAAUAUCACCACAGCAAAGAAGAGGCGAGCCUGUGCCUCAGGAACUCUUAGACAGAGUCUUAGCAGCGCAUGCAUACUGGUCACACCACCAAGUGAAGCAACAGUUCAAGCAACCAUCACAACCCGAAACUUAUGACUCCUUUAAAUAAGUCAAACAAAAUUUUUACAGCACAAGUCAUAAAAAAGUAAGUAAAACAUGAACCUUUUCCCUUCAUCCUCCCUAACAAUCACAUUCCAAAUACGGAGGUAUUUGUAAUUAUCUAUUGUUGUUAUAACUUUUAAUUAUCAAAACUCCUAAUAUAAAAAACAUAACGAAAAGGUGGAGGAAGAACAGUAAAGAUUACUCUUCUUUUUGUUGUUUCCGGGUUGGCGCAAGACUUGUAAAUGGGUCGACCGAAUAAGAGCUUGUUUAGCUAACAGAUUUUCUUUUGAAAACGCCCAUCUUUGUAUGGGCGGUCUCCUUAUAAUGCUUUCGGGUUGUAUUCUUUGUUAGAUUUUUCACCCUUUCCUCUCUUUGUAAUGUUUAGAAAUUAAGUGUAGGUUUGUUUGGUCUAAUGUUGUUGAAUAAGAUGUCUAAUUUAUAGGAGUUUUGAUGUAUUUUGUCUUU